AUGGAUCCGGUUCGGCGAGCUCAAGUUGAGAAGAGCCUCAAGCGCAAGCUUGAUGCGCGCUGCUCGCUCUUCAUCCUCAUCUACAUCAUGAACUACUUGGAUCGCAACAACAUUGGUGCGGCGCGUCUCAAGGGCUUGCAGAAGGAUCUCGGGCUCAAUGACACCCAGUAUGCGACAUGUCUCAGCAUUCUGUAUGUUGGGUACAUUCUCAUGCAAGUCCCGUCCAACAUGUUCAUCAACCGCAUCACGCGCCCAUCUCUCUACAUCUCCUGCGCCAUGAUUGUUUGGGGCCUCAUCUCCACACUCUCUGGCCUUGCCAGGGACUUCAAGGACCUGGUUGUCAUUCGGUUCUUCCUGGGAUUCAUCGAAGCUGCCUUCUUGCCGGGUGCUCUGCUCAUCCUGUCCAAGUGGUACACGCGCCGCGAACUCACCACGCGAAAUGCUCUCCUCUUUUGCGGUAACCUCAUCUCCAACGCCUUCUCAUCGCUGGUGGCGGCCGGAGUAUUGUCCAAUAUGCAGGGUACACUGGGUCACGCUGCAUGGCGAUGGCUGUUCUACAUUGAAGGUGCUGCCACUAUGGCUAUCGCACUGUCUGCGGCCUUCAUCCUGCCCGAUCUGCCCACUAAUGCCCGUGGCUUCACUGAAGAGGAGAGGCAGGUUGCCCAGCUGCGUAUGCUUGAGGAUGUCGGUGAGGCGGAUUCGGACUCCUCUGAACAGGGAGUCUUCGACGGUCUUAUCAUGUGUGGCAAGGACGUCAAGGUUUACCUCAUGAUGCUUACACUGACGGCUUAUGUCGUUGGUCUGUCUUUCAACGCCUUUUUCCCUACACUGACUGGAACCCUUGGCUUUGGUUAUGUUCCUACCCUUCUGAUGAGCUCUCCCCCUUGGGUCUUUGCUUGUCUCGUCUCGCUCGCUGUUUCGUGGAACGCUGAUCGCACGCAAGAAAAGUUUUGGCACAUCACCGGCCCAAUUAUCAUGGGAAUCAUUGGCUUCAUCAUCUCCAUGUCCACCCUCAACGUUGCUGCCCGCUACGUCGCCCUCUUCCUGCAAGCCGGUUCCUAUGCUGGAUUCAUCGUCUUCUACAGUUGGAUCAGCUCUUCGUUCCCUCGUCCGCCCGCCAAGCGUGCAGUUGCCAUUGCCAUGGUCAAUGCCUUCAGCCAGCUCGGUAAUGUGGCUGGCUCUUACGUCUGGGCUCUGUCCGAGAACGGCUACCGCAAGAGCUACGGUAUCGUUCUGGCCAUGUUCGGCGUCACCAUUGUCGGCAACUUUUUGUUCAAGAUGAUCCUUAACAACUUGAACAAGAAGCUUGAAGAAGGUGAGAUGGCUUGGGAGGCGAAGCCAGAUGUUACGGAGAAGACGGCACAGGCCGAGAUGGAGGACUUGGAUGAGGCUCUGAGGAUGAGAAAGGGCUUCCGAUACCUUGUAUGA